AAUGAAUAAAACUUUAGAAUUGUAUAAUAUCAGAGAAGCUACUGAAGCAGAUUUGCCUCAGAUAUGCGAGAUAUUUAAUGAACGCAUCUCCAAUUCCACUUGUAUAUUUGUGUACAAUACAGUUUCAUUAGAAAAUAGACUUACUUGGUUCAAUGACCUUAAAUCAAAAGGUUAUCCUAUCAUUGUUGCUGCAGAGAAAGAAUCAGACAAGGCUGUUGCUUAUGCUUGCUUUGGAUCAUUUAGACCACACCCUGCAUACGUGUUAUCUACUGAAGUUUCUUUGUAUAUUCAUCAACAACAUCAACGAAAAGGUCUCGGUGGUCUCAUGCUCAAGGAAAUGCUACGAAUUGCUAAAGAUAUGCAGUUUCAUAGCAUCAUUGCAAGUAUCACAGCUGACAAUGAAGGCUCGAUUGUGCUGUUUUCUAAGUUUGGAUUUCGCCAUUGUGGAGUUACACAUCAAGUGGGGUAUAAAUUUGGCAAAUUUUUAGAUGUUGUGUUUAUGGAAUACUUGACAGAUGCGCCAAUCAUUUCACAAGAUAUUCCAUCCUUCAAGGCAUUCCCAUGGGGCGCCUAUACUUUUAAUGAAAGUUUAUUCUAAAUAAAGGCUUUAAUCGUUCAUGGCUAGGUAAGCAGUACCAUCUACGACAAUAUGAUAUUUAGCCAUAAAGGAUAGAUUGCUGCUCUGUUAAGAAGAAGUAACGUCUUCUUCAACACUCGACUGUGCGUUCUAGAAUGUGCGUCUUUCUUAAACUUCUACGCACAAGAUUGCACAAGGUCCGAAGCAUUGAGUAUUUGCAAAGGGCAACAAGGGCAAUACGCAUUUGUUCUUUAGAGUGAAUAUCAGAGAAAGUAUUAUUUAGCUGUUGCUCCUAAGCAACACAAUGUUACAAGAUACGCGUUUGUUGCUUUAUGUAAAUGUUCCUGAGAGUUGCACAAAGCUGAAUAAAAAAAAAAUGAGCGUAUGCUAAACAUAUUUCUUCUACACUUUAUUCACAAAUUAUCUGCACACUGAUAAAAAAAUGAUAAU